UGGAAACAGCCAAUGAAAAUCUAGAUGCCUACAGAGAGCGAGCUAAAGCACUUGAACUUCCGGUGUUUCACGAAGUCUACAAGGAGAGGCAACGCUUUGAUACUUGGCACACCGAGAAUUACCUAAGUUUGGAAAUCUCGUACACCUGAAGUCGGAAAUAACCGUUAAGGGCUGAAAUAACCGUUAAGGGAUGACCACGGGUGGAAUUAAGACUGAAUAACGGUAUGGUCUGCACUGCCGUUUUUGCUACCCCUCUAUUCCUGAGAGGUACUGCUGGAAUUAUUCCAAUUUGUUCAUCAUUCUUACAGCCAAAAUAUGCAGCUUUGUAUUACUGCACAGUAAACGGCAAGAUGAAAUCCAAAAGAAACUUGGAUCACCUGGAGAGAACAGCAAAUGACUUUCGGCAGGAGAUUAUUUCUAAAGCGAAAGUGUGUGGAAUCACCAGUGAAUCUGAAACAGUUAAAAGGCUUCGUCUGGCAGUCACAGAUAAAGAAUUUACUUUCAAGGCAGGGCAAUGGGUUGACUUCUUUAUACCUGGUGUUUCUGUAGUUGGUGGAUUUUCCAUGUGUUCCAGUCCCGGCCUGCUAGAGCGAGAGGGACAGUUGGAACUAGCAGUAAAACAUACCAUGCAUCCUCCUGCUCAAUGGGUGCACACACAGUGCUCUGUCGACUCCGAGGUGGCUUUGCGAGUUGGAGGCAACUUCUUUUUUGACCCUCAUCCUGCUGACUCCCCUGUAGACCUCAUACUCAUAGCAGGUGGAGUAGGAAUUAACCCUUUGUUUUCCAUACUGCUCCAUGUCACAGACCUCCACAGAAAACAAGAAAAGAAAGAAACCGGGUACAAAAUGGGACUGACUAACUUGUUUUACAGUGCCAAAAACACGGAUGAGCUGCUUUUUAGGAAACACAUCCUCGAUUUAACAAAUGCAUUUCCUGGAAGGAUCACAUGCAGUUUCCAUGUUACCCAGCAGAGUUCAGAAAUCUGUGACAACCUUCGGCCGUACGUCAAGGAACGAAGAAUAUCUGGGGAAGAUCUAGAAAAAUAUAUUUCCAGGAAGACACUUUGGUACAUCUGUGGUCCACCGCCAAUGACAGAAUCCAUCUCCAAGCUGCUAGAAAACCUCGGUGUGGCUCAAAAGAACAUUUUCUUUGAAAAGUGGUGGUAGCAACAGCUGUUGAACACAAAAUAAAAACCAAAGGUAAUGAAAUUGCUGUGUAGCCAGGUAGGUGGCAAAGGAGAGGAAUGUCUACAGUCCAUGGACAGUAAUCAGUUUUCCAUCAUGCAAAUGAAAACUCCCCAUAUUAACUUCUGUUCAUUCUACAUUUGCUCAGUAGAUUUUAUAAUCGUGUCAGAUUGAUAUAUGUGACUGUCUCAGGUGCCACUUUGGAAAUAAAAUAAAAUAUUUCUUUAAGCACCA